AGUAGAACUGUCUGCAGCUGCUGCAAAAUUAGUUUCGCUCGUUUCAAAUGAUAAAAAUUUGGGAAAGAUAAUUAGGUAAAGCCAUCGUGUGCUCGAAAAAGGGCAUUUUCACUGGGUAUUUUCAGUGGGCAUAGACGGAACAGUUAUAUUAAUUGUCGUUGAGUUGAGUUGAGAGACUAUAAGUGAUUAAAGUGAUUAGUUGGGUAAUACUAUCUUUAAAUUUUGAAAUUCACAACAAAAUUAAGUGUUAUUUUAUUUGGUCUAGUUUAUUUAAGAAUGAAUAAGUUUUGGCCAUGCAUUAUAGUAAAUUGUAGAUCUCCCUAUAUGUACCCAAAUGAAAAGUUAGGGAUACAAAUGCAUGCCUCAAUCCAGAGAAUGUAAGUAUGCCGAUAUUUCUUUUACACAUGUCUACCUCGCAUUCCUACGGAACAUGUGAAAGCAUUCGAACAUCAAUCUGUACAUAGCUGAUCGAAGUCUCCACAUAAAAGCUUUUUUUUUAUAUCUCAGAAUAAGUUUACAAGAGAACCCAAUUAAAAAUCAAAUUAAAUGAUAUAAUAUACACAAAGAUAUGUACUUGGUAUGAGUUGGAUCGAUUGACUUUAAAAUAUUUACUAUCGAUAUAUGAUGGCAAUUGGCAACUAAGUCCACUAAGACAUGAACUUAUAUAUUAAAUUAAAUACUAUGCCUAUGUUCUUCCGAAUAUCCGAUGUUUUCGAAUAUGCUUUCUUUUAUUAAUGACUUUGACUUUUCUAAAUGUUCAUCAAUCUUCGAGGCUAUAUGUAUCCAGAUUGUCAUCACCCCUCAAAUGUCAACUGUUAAGAGUUGAACGAUUUGAUGAGAAGACUCUUAACCUCUCGACUUAUUUUGGCACGAAAAUAGAUUUUAAUCCAAAUUCAACACAAACGAUAAAUAAUAAGGGGAGUACAGCGAGUAACCCUUUGGACAAAAUAUACGCAUCUAUACUAUCUAAUGAAAAUGCUAGUAAAAAAAGUAUAUUUUGUUAUUAAACUACUCUGGUCAACUUUUAUACGUUCCUCCAUGUCUCUCUUGCCGUGAGCUCGCUUAAUUAAAAAAAAAAAGAGACUUUAACACACAAAAAAAGAUGAAUUUGGUAGGAUUGAUCAGUGUCUAGUGUCUGAAAGCUGCCUUGACCGCAUGUUAAAGAUUUAUCUUUAGCGCCUCUCUGAAUAUUGCCCUGAUUCAAUUAGAUGUGAGAAAGAUAAAUCUGAAUGGAAAAACUUAUUAUAUUUUCCGUAGGAACAAAAUAUCUUUGUCAAGUUAAUAAUACACAUUUCUGUCUUUUUUAAAAAAGAUUUAAAUUUUCAUUUAUGAAUUGAGGUAUUUGGGAUAGUGUUGCGACGUCACAUGUUACUGUGACUAAUCGUUCGUUAUUUGCAGAGUUUGAAGUGCUGUAUCAGUCUCUUAUAGAUCGGAUCGCAAGUGGCAACUUUGAUAUCUUGCAUAACGCCUUAUCAAACUUUCACAAGUUUGUGUCUCUAUCCUUGUUCUAUGCUGUUUUAUAUGCUUGGGAGUUAGCCUGUUGGCUUGCACAUCGUGUCUUGUACGAUGAUGCUUUUAAUCUUGUAAUCACUUAAACUAUGAAUGAAGAAUUUGGUGCACAAAAAAAAAAAAGAUUAAAUUUUUUAUACAACUAAAAGACUUAAAUUUAAAUAAGAUUUUUUGAACUUUUUAAAUAAGAGUUUUUAAAUGAUAGUUAUUGAAAUUAUAAACAGCAAGUGUUACCCCUGGUGUAUAAGCAGGUCUGAUUUUAUGUCAUUAUUUAACAAAACCUUCUCUUUUUUUUUUUUUGCGGCUAACCAAGAUAUUAAAUAUAGACUCAAACCCAAAUGAAUUACUUGCAAAUUAAACAAUCAAGAAGAAGCAGGCAAUCACGUUACUGGCAGCUCUUUCUUUUUUUAGAAAAUCUUUCCUUUUUAUUUAACGUGUGCUUGUUCUUCUGCUUCUCUAUAAAUAUCCACCAUAGUUAUUCAAAUCACUACAUAUCUUCUCCCUCUUUCUCAUACAUUCCUCCAACUCUCCGUAUAAGUUCCGAGCCUCCUUCGAAGCUGAUUAAGGGUCAUAGAGCUCAAGCCAAUGGCUGAAACACAACUAGGAGUGCUCAAGGCACUCGAUGUGGCGAAGACGCAACUUUACCAUUUCACAGCGAUUGUAAUUGCCGGUAUGGGUUUCUUUACCGAUGCCUACGAUCUCUUCUGCGUCUCUCUGGUGACCAAGCUCCUUGGCCGUAUCUACUACUUCAAUCCACUAUCAGAAAAGCCUGGCUCACUUCCCCCUCAUGUUGCGGCUGCGGUCAAUGGUGUGGCUCUUUGUGGGACCCUUGCUGGUCAGCUCUUUUUCGGAUGGCUUGGUGACAAGCUUGGAAGGAAAAAAGUGUAUGGUAUCACUUUGAUCAUGAUGAUUCUGUGCUCUGUUGCUUCGGGUCUCUCAUUCGGUAACAAAGCCAAGGGCGUCAUGACCACCCUCUGCUUCUUCAGGUUUUGGCUGGGAUUCGGUAUUGGAGGUGACUACCCUCUUUCAGCUACCAUUAUGUCUGAAUACGCUAACAAGAAGACUCGUGGUGCUUUCAUCGCGGCCGUGUUCGCUAUGCAAGGUAUCGGUAUCUUGGCUGGAGGUUUCGUGGCACUUGCAGUAUCUUCCAUAUUCGACAAGAAGUUCCCAGCACCGACCUACGCUGUCAACAGGGUUCUCUCAACGCCUCCUGAAGCUGAUUACAUCUGGAGAAUCAUCGUCAUGUUUGGUGCUCUACCCGCAGCCUUGACCUACUACUGGCGAAUGAAAAUGCCAGAAACCGCUCGGUACACCGCUCUUGUGGCAAAAAACAUCAAACAGGCCACACAAGACAUGUCAAAGGUUUUACAAGUGGAGCUUGAGAUGGAGGAAAGAGCUGAGGAUAUCGUUAAAGACCCCCGACUUAACUAUGGCUUGUUUUCCAAGGAAUUCCUUAAACGUCAUGGUCUUCCCCUACUUGGAUGCACCUCCACUUGGUUCUUGCUUGACAUUGCUUUCUACAGCCAAAACUUAUUCCAAAAGGAUAUCUUCUCGGCUAUCGGAUGGAUCCCAAAGGCAUCCACCAUGAACGCCGUCCAUGAGGUUUUCAAGAUUGCUAGGGCUCAGACUCUCAUUGCACUCUGCAGUACUGUCCCUGGUUACUGGUUCACGGUUGCGUUUAUUGAUAUCAUGGGAAGAUUUGCCAUCCAGCUGAUGGGAUUCUUCAUGAUGACAGUCUUUAUGUUUGCCAUUGCCUUCCCUUACGACCAUUGGAUUAAACCAGACAACCGUAUCGGAUUCGUGGUAAUGUACUCUCUCACUUUCUUCUUCGCCAAUUUUGGACCAAAUGCAACCACCUUUAUUGUACCGGCCGAGAUCUUCCCGGCUAGGCUAAGGUCCACAUGCCAUGGAAUAUCAGCUGCCACAGGUAAGGCUGGGGCCAUCGUGGGAGCUUUCGGGUUCUUAUACGCGGCUCAGCCACAGGACAAGACCAAGACGGAUGCAGGAUAUCCACCGGGCAUUGGAGUCAAGAACUCAUUGAUCAUGCUUGGUGUCAUUAACUUCGUCGGCAUGCUCUUCACAUUCCUUGUCCCUGAGCCCAAGGGUAAGUCCCUUGAAGAACUUUCCGGGGAGACUGAGGAGGUUGAGAAAUAAUCAAAUGAUGAAACUACUGUAUUUGUAUUUUAAAAUUUUUAUUUCCUGCAAGCGAUGUUUGUUUUUUGUUUUCAUUAUAUUUGUUCCAGUCUUGACGAUACGUUAUAAUAUAUUCUUAAUCAUGCAGUCCCGUGCGAGUAUUCUAAAAGGACAUCUUUAGUUGUGGGAAAACUCCCCCACUCUUUUAAAUAUUAGAGCACCUUCAACAUUGGGUUUAGACAUAAUGUCUUAGGAUUAAUUUUUUUUAGAAAAAACAGAUAAAAUAAAAGAGUGAGAACUUAUCUGCACAGAUUUUUUUCUUUCUGAUUUCUUAGUACUCUUUCUUCAAUUUGUCAUCAUUUUAAUGGUUGGUUGACUUUGUUAAAUAAAAAUAUUUAUUUUCUUUUAACUUUUAAGAACUUUUAGAGAGUUUUUACUUUUUACUAUUGACGGUGCCUUUAUUAUUGGUUGAUUAUAUGCCAUUACAUAUUCAGAUUUUCAAAAUAAUAUUUAUAUAACACAAUUUUUAUUUUAUAACAAUUAUAGUUGUCUACUUUGGACGUAUAUUUUUUAAUGGACCUAAUUUGAUUUUAGAGUAAAAAUGCAAAUAUAUAUUAUUUACAUUUAAAGUUAUAUAUAGGGGUUCGGAUAUCCAUUCGAGUUCGCUUCGGGCUUAUUCAGAUUUUGUAUUUUCGGAAUUAAAGAUCUCAACUCCAUUCGGGUAUUUAUAAAUUUUGGUUCUGCUUUGCGUCGAAUCUUUCGGGUUCAGUUCAGGUUCAUAUAACACGUUUAAAUGAUUUAAAAAAAUAAAUUCAUAUAUAAUUUUCUCAAAAAUUAAUAAUAUAUUACAUAUAAAUUUGAAUAAUCUAUGCCAAAAUAUCAAACUUAACAUAUAGACUGGUUUAACUUGAAUAUUUGGAUAUAAAAUCAAUAAAUAUUUCAAGUAUCUUUUGUUAUUUUGAGUAUUGUUUAGGUAUUUUAGACAUUUAUUAUUGACUAUUUGUACAUAUUUUCAAAUAUUUUGGACAACUUCCAAAUAUCUUAUAUAUUUUGGAUAUAGCUUUAUAUAUUAAAUCUAAAAAUAAUUAAUAUAUUUAAGUAUAUAAAUCUAUUUCGGAUACAUUUGGUUACUCGAAAUACUUUGGUUCCGUUCGGUUCGGUUCUGGUUUUCUGGAUACCAAAAUAUAAAUCCAUUCGGAUAUUUAUCCAAUUUCGAUUCGGGUUUGGUACCAUUUUUCGGAUCGGAAUCAGUUCGGGUCUUCGGAUUCAAUUCGGUUCUUCAAAUUCAGAUUUUUUUGUCCAGCCCUAAUAUAUAGUAUAACUCUAUAACAUAUUUUCUUAUAUCUUGUUCAAUAUUAUUAAUAUAAAAUGGUCUAUGAUUUUGUACGUAAUUUACUGUGUAAUUCAGUUGCUAAUACUUGUUUAUAUAUUUUUACAGCAUUUUUCUACAUUGAAAUCAUGAUUUGAUCUAUUAAAUUGGUUUUAUAGAAAAUUAAAAUGGACCUACAUAUUAUAUUAGGCUACUAUAUUAAAACAAAUCGGAGGAAGCACCGGACGGAGCCGAAUGUGCUACCGAUGUACGAUCAGAGGUAGCAAAAAAACAAAAAAAAACAAAACAUA